AUGACUCAAUGGAUAUUUGACGAAGCCAACCACACGAUUAGCUCGAUAUCCAUAUCUGCACUCGUCUGUGCUUGUCAUUCUGACGCCCAAGCUGCUUUCCACCGAGGUAUUUCAUUCAAGACACAGGCUCUCUACGCCCUCGUAUUCAUGACACGCUACAUCGACCUGCUAUUUCGCUGGGUGUCUGUUUACAACUUCGUCAUGAAGCUAUUCUUCAUAAGCAGUAGUUGUCACAUCCUCUACAUCAUGAUGUACCUCCGACGCAUGACCCCCUCCAUUGACACGUUCAAGAUUGAAUAUCUUCUUGGGCCAUCCUUCUUUCUAUCACUGAUAUUCAACUACGCGUUCGAGCCAACCGAAAUUCUCUGGACAUUUUCUAUAUAUCUCGAAUCUGUCGCCAUUUUCCCCCAGUUGUUCAUACAAUUACAAACGCACUAUUUGGCUGCUCUGGGUCUUUAUCGUGCUCUGUACCUUCCCAACUGGAUAUAUAGGUAUGCAUGCGUUGGUGGAUUCUCUGUCACAGCUGGACUGGUGCAAACCGGGCUUUACCCUCGACUUCUUCUACUCCUCCACGGCCAGAAGUUCGAGCUCCCAGCAUGA